UGUAAGAAUGUGAUUGCAAAUAUUAUUAUUUUUUAAUGUUGUCAUGCUCAAUUUAAUUUUGUUAUGGAAAACAGCCAACACGAGUGGAUUUCAGGUGUUGGGAAAAUUGCAACUUGUUAGCCUGCCGAAGUUAACAAUGGAAAUGGAAUUACAAGCACUGAUAGCUGCCUGAAUCAGCUAUAGCGCUCUUGGUUGGCAGAGGUGGCAAAAGGCAUGUUCUUUUCAGUUAUGUUGGUACAUGACUCUUGAAGCCUGUAAAUAUCACAUAAAAGAAUCACAGAUGAGAAGCUUCUCACUGAGAGGGUUGAAUGUGAUCCCUUGCAGCCACUGUGUCCUUGAUGGUAAGAGUGAACUUCCCUGUUACAUUUGCAGAGUGCUUUUGUUCACCAUGUGUAUGUACCUUUCCUGUUCCACACAUGCACUUUUAUUUUAGUGAUAUAGUGCACAAGAAAUUGUACAGGUUUCUGUCACGAGACCUGCUAAGGAGACAGAGUACAUAGAGGUUAUCUGGGGGAAAGUUGUCCAAAAUGAGAAAUUCUGGCUUUCACUCUCUACAUCUGCACAACAGGAUAUCUGGUAGUACUUGGCCUGGAAGCAAAGCACAGGUACUCUGGAUAUUUCUGUUCAAUACAGUGAGUUCUUGUAGAAAAGACAUAUAUGUAUUUGGAUUGAUAGAUAUAGGUGUAUCAGCGUGUUAAAAUAACUUUAGUUGUACAAAUGCUGCAACACCUCUGUGACAGCAAGGCAAUAUGUAUAGUGAAUCAGUGGAAUAUCUGAUUCAGUCAGCUAAAUCUGGUGAGAUUCAAAAUCUUCAAUCACAACUUCCAUUAGAUGUGAAACUGCUAACAUGAAACUGCUAAAUAUUAACAACAUAUAGGGUACUGAACCAACUAGUAGAAAAAAGGGUUUUCUAAAAUUAGAAAUGACUGAGUACACUAUAAAAAAGGACAGAAGAACUUCAAGACUUUGGCUAAAGAUUUUCUUGUUUCAUUUUUAUCCUGUAUCUGGUGGCAUGAAUGUGUGCCUUCCACAGCCAGCAUGAGCUUGAGGAUUUGCAAAGGUGAGCAGCCCAAGAGCCCAGAGCAUUCACCUUUAACAGAAGCAGUGCUGAGGUGCAGAUUCUCCUUACAGAGAGAGGGGAAUUUCAUCUCCAACCUUUCUCUGGAUCUAUCUUUGUAGCCACCUCCUGUAGUGCCAGAGAUCUCUCUUUUUUUGCCAUGUCAUCUGAAAGCUACCAGCUCCACACCCAUUCCUACCAGGACUCACUAAGCUCUACUUGUCACAGUCUCUUGAAUGUCAACAGCCACCCCCUAUCCAAGAGCUCCUCAAAUCUGGCCUCUCUUGGGCACUCAAGGAGUUUAGAGGAAAGGCAAAACAAACAGGAGCUGAAGAAAAGCCAUAGCAGCACCAUCUGCCGUAUCCUGGAAAACAGGAGUGAUGCAGGGAGUGAUGCAGGGAGUCCCGGAUGGUCCUCCUCUCAGCCUGGGGUGAUGGGACUUGGAUCAGAGGUCCAGAGCAUAAAUGACCCAUCAGCCAAUGACCAUUCAGAGGGCAGAACUAAGAAUACAAACCAUGUUCUUGUCACUGAACAGUCCUCAGCAUCCUGGGGAACUGGGGAUGCUAAGAUGUGUGUAAAGAGCAGCACUGUUGAGAAUGUUUCUUCAGCCUGCUUUGUUCACCAGCAAGGCAUGUGUGAAAUGGAAGAAUCAGGAACUGCCCUUCAGAGAAGCCACUCAGACCUAACCUGCAGCUGCAAACAGCAGACUUAUGUCACUCACAUAGAAACCAGUUCUACUCACUCCAGCCUAAACUCUUCUGGCUGCAGGCAUUGUCUGCCAGUGGCUAGGAUGUCUUUCCAAACGCAGAGAUAUGGAUCAGAAACAAAUGAGAAUACAUCUCACUAUCAAAACCUUGUAACUCAUCUUCCGGUCCUACCUAGAGACCAACAAGUACCCACAAAUACCUUUGGCAGUGGCAGUAUUCCACAUAACACUAGUGUUUACACAGAUCCUAGCACAUUUCACGCUGCUGUUCUAGGACCCCACAUGCCUGGAAAUGGUUUCCCGAACAGAACAAUGUUCAGUCAAGCUCCUGGGAUUGUUCAUGGUGGUCUGACUUAUGGUAAUAUUCCAAACUCUGCGUAUUCCCCCAUGGUGAUGACAGUUCACAACAACUCUGUGGGACCCUGCAGUCUCAGGCAGGAUGCCUUGAAGGCAGAUGCCACCAUCCCGGCCUAUUGCCACUCCUUGCCCAUCCCAUCCAUACAGCUCGUUCCACGGUUGGUGUGCUCUGUCAGUGAGACAGGAAAAGAGCAGGCAGCACCUGGCUACUUUAAUUCCUUUUCUGCUUCAGACAUUCUGACAUAUCCUAAGCUGGUGUCUUCAGUAAGUGAAUCAGGCCUGGAUGCCAAGAAAAUCCUGAAGUGCUGUAAUGUUUCUGGAGAGCAACUGCAACCUGCUCAGCAGGAGAGAGCUCCUCCAGAAGCCAAGGCUGCCCGUGUUGCCCUGAGCAGCCAGCAAGGUGCAGAUGUAGUAGUGACAACUAAGGAUAUGUGGACUAUGACCUCUAUGAAUGACAUAACCAAAGGCCUGAAACCAGCUCUGGAGCGCAGAGAUGCCGAGGUACAAACUCUUCCAACCAUGGAAUGCAAAUCAGUGGCAACAAGCCCAGCAGCUGCAGCAGAAGGUCACUCACAUGUGUUCCCAGAGGUGAACCUGGAGCAAGACUUGGAGGCCCCCAAAUCUCCAGUUCGGGAAGUGAGAUGGGAUGAUGAAGGAAUGACAUGGGAAGUAUAUGGGGCAUCUGUGGAUCCAGAAGUCCUCGGGGUAGCCAUUCAAAAACAUCUUGAGUUUCAAAUAGAACAGUUCCAGACAGAGCCUGCUGAGGCAGCUGAGAAAAGUAAUGAGGAGCCACCCCCUGAAAAAACUGGGAAAAAAAGGCCUUUCAGAACAAUGAUGCAUUCCCUGAGAUACCCAAGCUGCUGUGCUCGCUCCAGUACUGCAGUGGAGUGAGCGCAGCUGUAGGGUGUAGGAUAGCUGUGCUGCUCUUAAAUUGUACAUAAAUGCUGACUCUUAAGUGUUAACACAGUGUAUGUGGACAGCCCACAUCAGGAUGAGUGGGAGAAGUUUAGUGAUCAUCAAAUGUACAUUAAAGCAAGGAAAAGUCCGUGGCUGGACCAUAUAACACAGAACAUAAGAUUAUACUUAAAUAAUGCCAUCCAAAUGCUCUUGACUGUAUUUAAUGUAGCAUUGUUUUCUUCUAUGUUAGUUUUAAACCGUAUUGUAAGGAAUGGAACUUCUUUUUCAAUUAUGUGUCUUUUUGAAACAAUGAUGACUUUUUUCUGUAUUUUAAUAAUUUAGGGUUAGAAAACAAAGUUUAAAAAUCAUGCUUUAAUCAAAGUUCUUCACUUUCAAUCACAUUCCCUUAAAUUGUUUUGGCAGCUGUUUUGCUGUUCAUUUAAUAAUCCUGACUAUAAGCCUACUUUAACUGUAGACAAAAUAACAAACUAGUGUAAUGUUCUAUGACAAAGAAUUGUAACUUUUUUCUACAUAACUGUGAAGUAAUUUCAGUGUUGCUAGUCUGAACUCUUCCCUUAGCAAGCUCAUGUACAGCUGGAGGACAUUCCAUCAACUUUCCAGUUAGUUUGUAUUUACAGUGAGUUACACUCUAAAUAUCCAGAACUUAUGUUUACCAAGUGAUUGACACAAAUGUACAAUAUUACCAAAGAUGACUGAUGUAACGUGAAUUACUUACUGAAUGCUUGUUUUAGAGACCUGAAAUGGGAGCUGUUCAGAUUAGUCUGUGGCAUCACCAUACCCUACAACUCACAAGCAGUUUUGGUUUGCUUAUAUUAAAAAUAAUUUCCAGUGAGUUCUUUUUAUGUGCAUCUCUCCUGAGCAGUGGUUAUUUGGCUCUUGCAUAAGCCACAGGGGACAGUUUGCAUGUAACCUUUGCCUGUCUUAUGUUCCCUCUCUGGUCUGACGUCAGGCAUCUACUGAAAGUGAGACCUUGUGUCUUCUCCAAAGGACAGUCCUAAGGUUAUUCUGAGUGCCUUGGUCAUUUGGGCAGCUUAAAGAUUUAUUUUCUUCUAAAAACAACUUCACAAACAAGUUAUCCAUGAGAAACCUGUUAUGAUAGUGUAAUGCAGUCAUGGUGCAGGGCUUGUUUUAAGUGAAAGGUUUGUCAAGGAAGGUGAGAAUAUUAUUUCCAGUGUAAUACGUGCCUUUGGUGAACACCUAAGAUUCGCGGGGAAUGAGAUAAGCCU